UAUAAACAACGGACUGAAAAGUUCAAAUGCUGUGUGAAAGUAAUUUACAGUACGUUGGUAGUGGAUUAAACACUAUUUCUAUUUUUGGAAAUCUUAUUUCGGUGAUAUCUUUAAAUGACCUCAUUUAUAUGGUUCUCUUCCUGAAUGAUAAGCAAGUACACAAGGAAUUAAACCCCACGAACUCUUUAUAUACUUCUUCUGUUGAAUAACUCGUUUCAUUAUUGGCUUAAUAUUUCGAAGGAUUCUUAUUAUUACUUAAUAUAUCGUUAGUAACUACAGGGAACAGUCUAUCAAAAACAGAAGAUGUAUGUGUCUACAUUGAUGGUGAACAGCACUCUAAUAGUUCUCACUGUUACGAUGCUUGUGAUUAUACAUGUGAAUUUGAAGAUACCUAUGCCAACAUCUUUAAAAGAAAAUGAAAACGACACGUUUAAUACUUUCAAUGAGUCCGACGCAUUUUUUUGGAAUUACCUGUAUAACUGUUCAGCAAGAUGUAAAGCUUACUCCAGCUUGCCAUCAUUUUGUACAUUGAAACCAGACCCAACAGAUUCUUGUUGUCAGAUUCCAGACUGUGGCACCUACACUCCAAUCACUGGAAACAAAUUCACAGGAACCAUUCCACCAAACAAGUUUAAUCUGGUUCCAAUAGGAACACAUACUGUAUUCUAUGGAUCCCGUCAUAACCAUAGUGGUUUACAGGAUACCUGCUUAUACAAGAACAAGGUUUACAAGCAGGGAGCCUCUUGGAAUGAUGGGUGUAAUAAUGUGUGUACCUGUUUGAACGGACCUAAGGGGCUGUACAGAUGUAUAUCUAAGUGUCCAGCCUAUCCAGCAUUACCAUCAUACUGUAAAAAGAACAUGGUACCAGGACAAUGUUGUCCAGUUAUAAGUUGUGAUAUACCAGGAUUUGGUACCAUGGACCCAGUUCCUGAGCUUGUGCCAACGUCAUUACCAACUAAAAUAGGCUCGCUACCAACACCAGCUCCAGCAAGUCUUAUACAAAUUAUUCAAAUCAGUCCUAACCCCUCACAAAACACAACUAGUGGAAUCCCAGGAGGAGGAUACCCCAUCAAACCAAAUCAAAUCACUGGCAUUAGUAAUCAGUGUGUAUAUAAGAACAAGGUAUACAACAAGGGAGAAUCCUGGGAUAUUGACUGUGAUUUUACUUGUACCUGCGUAGAUGGGUCCACUGGAUAUUAUGACUGUAAACCACAGUGUCCAACAUACAAUAACUUACCCCCACAGUGUUUCACAACAACUGUACAGAGCAAAUGUUGUAAAACAAUUCAAUGUACCACCAGAGAUGGAUCAAUAGUGAAGCCUAAUGCUCAAUUUCCAGUUGUUGGUUCAUAUACUGGUGGAUUCUCAGGAUUCAGACCUGGAGUAUCCUAUAAACCAGGAGUCAACACCACCAGUGUUGAUGGAUUGGGUUGUAUCUACAAAGGACAAUUAUACAAAGCUGGUAAUGAAUGGGACGAUGAUUGUGAUUUCCAUUGUAAAUGUGUGGACAGUAAAACAGGACGAUAUCAGUGUACUGCUCAAUGUCCAGAGUUCACCAAACUUCCUGCUCGUUGUGAACUUAUACCUGUAUCUGGACAGUGUUGUAAGAGACUGCAAUGUAGAACUCCAACAACAGUAGCCCCAGGUGUUGUAACACCUACUCCCAUCAUAACAACAACAGAUCUUCACCCUGGAUGUACUGAUGUCGUAGAAAACUGUGCGAAUUUUGGCCAUAAUGUAUGUCAGCCACCAUAUGAUGCAUGGGCAAGGAGAAAUUGUCAACAUUAUUGUGGAAUGUGUGUUAAUCAGAUGACAACUUCUACACCCAUCUGUGUUGACAAGAACCCCUCUGCCUGUGCAGAAAUUGGACCAGAUGUGUGUACUUUGCUUAUUGACUUUGCCAAAGAAAAUUGUGCUCGCCAGUGUAAAUUUUGUCAUGAACCUGCAACACCAUCACCAAAUGGUUAUUUGCUGUUAAUGAAGGGAGUGACUGGAGUAGGCACAUAUCCUCCUGGUGUUACUGAUUUGUUUGGAUUAUGGAACUCAACUAAGACAAUUAAUGAAUUCAACCUAGAAGCCCAAUCAAUGACACCAAACAUCCCAGGACACUAUAAACCAAUAUCGUCAAACAACUGGACAGGUCUUUGUUUGGAUAAGGUGAGGGUAUCCAUAUACAAAAAUGGUGUAGAGAAAGCUUUCAUGUUGUUCAAUGCUACAGGAGCAGAUAAGAUGAGUUGGUUUACACCUAGCAGAAUCAUAGAUUCGUCAUGGGUGGAUUUACAAUCUUCAACUAAACAGUACUUCGCAAUGUCUCAAGAUCCAGAUUUCCUCAGAGAAUUCUAUGCUAGUCAGAAUGCUGAUAAAUCCAAAUGUGAUUCAACUGGAUGGAUGUUUAUAUCGACAGCAAACAGAUGCUUUUUUGAAACAAACAAGAAACCAGCUUUCUAUUAUGCUCCAGGGCAGUCCUCAGCUAAUUGGGUAUAUAACAAUCCAGGUGUUGGCGAUGUUUUCACUAUCCAGGGACAUAGUACAAGUCCUGGAUGUUUGUACAAAGGUUCACGUUUUUACCAAGGAGACAACUGGGAAGAUGGUUGUGAUUUCAACUGUACCUGUGAUGAUGAACAAAAUGGACAUUAUACAUGUAAUGCUCUUUGUCCUGUGUAUGACCAUCUGCCUAGGACGUGUAAAGUUGUUAUACCAAACGGUCAAUGUUGUGGUUUUGUAUGUUGUAGUGAUUGUUAUGAUUUUGGAAACUACCUCGUAACAGCUCCUAGCAAUACCUGUGCUUACAAGGGACAAUAUUAUGGACAGGAUGACAUAUGGAUUGAUGAUUGUAAAUACAAAUGUGAAUGUCUUCAAGCAAAUCUAGGAUUCUAUAGAUGUAAAGAAUUGUGCUAUAAAUGGCAAUUGCCUUCACAAUGUACACUGAACGAACCUGCUCCAGGGAAGUGUUGUAAAACACCCAGUUGUCCGCCAUGGAUCAUUAUACAAUAUCCGGAAGGAUAUAAGAAAGAAUAAUUACUAAACAAAAACUUUAGAAACCAUUUUUUCUACAAAU